GGGACGUACGAUGACGUCCACCAAUAGGAUUAUAGGUUUAUUCCACAGACUUGGUUCCGGAGUGGCCUGGUAUUAUUCUAAGUAGCAGGUGAAAUAUCGGUGAGUAAUGCAGCUUCAAACAGAAAAACUGUAUGUUUUGAAGGUUAUACACACUGCACGGGUUGUGUUGUAGGUGUUGGUUGUCGCUUUAAUUAAGUCGCCAUUUUCUCAGGAUGAAAAAGUAGGUUGAUAAGACGUCAGCGUGCGCUCCCUUCACCAGCUGACGAGCCAUUCAUGGACAGUAAACAUUUCUAUCACUAUCAGUCACAGGGAUGCACGCGGACACGGCCUACAUAUGAAUAACGGUCCAUGUAGCUCGUGUUGCCUUCAAACGGGUCAUUCUUCUUUAAACACACGGAGUAAGAGGAUUUUCUCACGGGGCAGUAUUUCCGUCUGAAGCCCGUCACUACCAAGAUUAGUGUGUCGCCCACCAUGUAAGUCUGCAGCCGCCGCCUCCCCUUCUUCCCCCCCAAGGCUGGGCACGAGCCGCUUCGUGUCUCGUGUACAUUUGAUUAAAGGCCUGAAGAGUGUCGUACAGAGGACACAAUUGUUUUAUAGUGAUACUGUUACCUCGAUAGAACAGCACAUCUAAAAUAAGACUAAUUUCUACCUAGAAAUGUAAACGACCCCUUUGCUCCAUUUGUUUAUGAGUGUUGCUUUAAGAAGCACAGGGUGGCGCUGUUUCUCUUGUAAACGUUUGAUUUAUCAACAGGUCUCCAUCCAGUUCAAGAAAAUGAAUAUGUAUGCUGUACCCAAUCCUGGGAUACCAGGCUGCCCACCAGGGUUAGAAUACCUGACUCAGGUGAGACAUAGGUAAAGCUUCCUUCAAAUAGCAAAAAUUCCUUUCCAUGUGUGUUUUUCAUGUCUCUGUCUUUCAGUCAAAGUAUUGCCAUAAAGAGACAUAAAAAGGUGUUCCUGUUGAGUGUUUUAAAGCGUAAUACAAAUCCCUUUUCAGUAAUAGCUAACAGCAACCUGACCAGGAGAUGUACUGAACUAACCCUCACUGACUGUAACCCUCUCUCAGUACCCACAAUAGCUGUUUUUAGCUUAAUGGGCACAUGUAUUGAGUGGAAUGAAUGUUGUGCAAGUUUACCAGUUCUUAAUCAUUUAGGGUGUACAAUUCUUGAAUUGAUUUUCCUGGCAACACAGUAGGGGAGAGUGGGGUAAGUUGAGCCAAAGGCUAAGUUGAGCCUACCCCUGUUGCUUGGAAAUGGUAAAAGAAAUUGAUCAUGUGACCAAAUUUUUAGGAGAUGGGCAUCAAUUCAUGGAGUCUGUGAAGGUUAGAAGCACAUGGGUGAAGGGGUUAGACAUUUAUUACCAAAAAAAAUAUAAUAGGGAUACGACUCAACUUACCCUGCUCCUAUGACCAUAGGAGACCCCUUUUUUUUUGGCAUGCUAUAUUAUCAAGACAGUUAUGUUUACACUCAUUCUGUUGGUUUGCAGGGAUGCACAACAUCUUGAAAUACAUGCAGAUACACUAGUUAGAGACAAAACUAUGAUUGCCUUGAUGUAGUGAUCCGAAAUAUGAAAAAUGGCUCAUCUUACCCCACUCUCCACGACUGACAUUUUUAUGAUGUUAAACCUGUAUGGGACAAAACCUCUGUGUUUCCUAUUGUUGCGCUCAUAUUGAGACAUAGUUCAGAGCUUUAUUUUAUCUCAGUUUUCUCUUGCAACAAAGCAUUCAGAAUAAGACGACUGUAAGAAAUAUUGAAUAACUCACACACGACUCAUAUGGGGCUGAAGCAAGUUUAUCUUUCAGGAGUCAAGUGGAAAUUUGAGCUUUUGGUCUUGAUUAGUAGUAUAUUUAUGGAGCCAUAAAUGAUCUCAUCCUUUACAUUUAAACAUAAUAUAAAUAUCUGGUUGCUUGUAUCUGUCAAAAAUGUGAGUAAAGCUAUCUGAUGGCUUUUGCAGCAUUAUUGCACAUCAAACUGCUUUAAAGGUACCCUAAGUUUUCAAAAUCCCACUUGAACUUCUCACUCUCCUUAACUGUCAAAUGAAGAUGACAAAUAUGCAUGAAUUUAAAUCCUGUUUUUCUGUUUUCAAGGUGGAUCAGUUACUCAUCAAACAGAAGGUUGAGCUUGUUGAAGGUAAAGUAUGUAAAACUAAAACAACUACCAGAAAAGUAAUAUGCAGCUAGUUUUGCACAAGUUGGUUUUGUGUGUUAGUUUGGCAUUGCAUUCUCCUGUUGGUUUUCACAGCCCUUGUUGGUUUUGAGAGCAACAACAAAUACGAAGUGCGCAACAGCAUGGGCCAGAAUGUGUACUACGCUGUGGAGGAAAACGACUGCCUGAGCCGGCAGUGUUGUGGUCCGAUGCGCUCCUUCACCAUCCACGUCUUAGAUAAUUUUGGACAGGAGGUCAUCACCAUCACCAGGCCGCUUAAGUGCAUGUCCUGCUUCUUCCCUUGUUGUCUACAAGAGGUAAGUGAAACCGCAUUUAGGAUAUGCUCACUUUGUUUCCAUGAAAUGUGAGGAUUUGGCUGUGUAUAUUCUUGAGCAGACGUCUAGCUAUACAUGGUUCUCUUAGAUACAGUAUAUGUUGCGGAUAUGGUCACAAAUUUAAACCUUAGUCUUGCCCAAUCCUUUUCUCAGCUGGAGAUUCAGGCACCUCCUGGUAACACAGUGGGGUAUGUUAUACAACAGUGGCACCCAUUCUCUCCUAAAUUCAUCGUAGCAAAUGAACACAAUGAGCCUGUGCUGAAGAUCCAUGGGCCCUUCUGUGGAUGGAGCUGCCUUCCAGAUGUUGACUUUGAGGUGGGUUAAUCUAAACACACAGAUCCAUUAAACUUCUGAAAACAUAACACGACACGGUUACAUUCUUGCCCCCUGGGCAUGUUUACGUGUGGGAUCCUCGUGCUCUGAAGAAGGAAAUAUGUUUCCAAUCAGAGCAAGGCUGCAGCUUGGAUGAAGCCACUGCACAGGGCAAGCUCCUGUGUGGUACAGUGUGGACAUUGUUCCAUGCCUCAGCUGCUUUCAUUAGAUUGAGCUGUGUAGGGGAUUUGGGUCAGUGAUGCAGACCUUUCACCCAACCCAGAAGAGAGUAACUGAAGCAUGAUAUCACCAGUACUGUUCAUCUCUCACAGCUUUGAAGUCAUUACCGAGGAUCCAAAACUAAAAAUGCUGUGGCAGCAGGCAAUGCAGAAAUUGGAUAGGAUUAUUACGAGUUGUUCCAUGAUCGCCUUCCAACAAAAGCAAACAAUUUCAGAGAAAGAUCUCUGUCCAAACGCAACACAAUUCAGCUUCUUCCUCCUCUUUUUUUUUCUUUUUUUUCAUUGGCAGAUUUUGACGAUGGAUGAAGUCAGUAAGAUUGGGAAAAUCAGCAAGCAGUGGACAGGACUUCUUCGAGAAGCAUUCACAGAUACAGACAACUUUGGCAUCCAGUUCCCUAUGGAUCUGGAUGUGAGAAUGAAGGCUGUAAUGAUCGGUGCAUGUUUUCUAAUUGUAAGUAAAGCAACAAGCUUUUUUUACGUGUCUUCAGCUGCAAGUCAACAUGAAAAGAAUUGAUUUCUUGUGAGAGGAAAAUCCAUGCAGAUUUUUGAAGAAUCCUCUUUAAGCUAAAUAGGAGUCGCUUUGGUUAAAGUGUGUGCAGAUGUAGGUGGCCUCAUUUGACCCAACUUUUAUGGGGAAUGAUGUUCCUCUGCACUAGCAGUUGGAAAUUUCUUGUACCUACCACUUAAUGCACCACUUAGCCUACAUUUUGUGGGAAGUGUGACCUAAAACCACCCCAAUCAGAAUAAAUGCAAAACAGCUUGUUGGAGCUUCUCUCUGUGGAAGUACAUUUUCUAAAGCACCUAAAUGUUUUUACAGUUAAUUUGGCAGAGAUUUAUCAGUGAAUACAUUUUACACCUUAGCUGAUAUCUUUUAACUGCAAAAAGGCAUGAAAGUUUAAUUUAUACAGUAUGAUUUUAAUGUAACUUCACUUAUUCUGUUUUUCUUUCUUUACAGGAUUUCAUGUUCUUUGAGUCUACUAACUAGGAGCCAAGCAGGAUAUUUCAGUGAGCAUCUGGCACUCUUGAAAGAACAGGGCCACAAAGCCAUAAUGAUCAGUCUCAAAUGCCCAAAUACACAACAACCUUCUGAUAGUUCACCGAAAGUACCUAUUUGUUGUAACUUUUGCAUGACCAGUGAAAUAGGAGGUGUGUUUAAGUCUUAGCGUCUCAGGUUGGUUGUUUGGAGGCCGCGGCUGUAACAGAAUCAUUACAGGGCUGUGAAGGUUCGGUGCAGUGUUGUGCGGACACUUUUGUUUGUGUUUACAUUAUGAGCCCGCCUGGGUGCAAAAACUUGAGUUACAACUUCAUUUGAAGCCUGAUAUAAAAAUGACAAAGAUCAUCACGGCAGACAAGUGCUGUUAUACAGUUUAGAAAAGAGACUUGUAUCUUUAGUAUGAGAAGGUCCAGCCAGUGGAGCUUGUGUAAUCUUGCCCUAUUUAUAUGAGGAUGUGAAUUAAUAAAGAACAAUAAGUGUGUAGCUAUACUUUAUGAGAGCUCAAGGACUCCUGUAGUGUAGACGUUAGCCACAGGUAGCUGCUGUUCUUAUUUAUUGAUUUAUAUUUUGGUCUGUUACCCAGUUUGUCCUUUAGAGCAAUAUGUGUGCGCACUGCUUUGUGUGAGUGCUUAUGUGCUAUUAGCGUAACUGUGUGUGUGUGUGAUUAAAAUAACUCAAACUAUCAUAGGAUGAAUUAGUUUUUAAAUGCCACACAUUGACUUUGCUACAGAGGAGGUUUAUUGAAGGGGUACUGUUCAAUGGAUUUGCAGUCUCAGUAUUGUCCACAAGAGGGCGCUAGCUCUGCAUUUCAGAACAGCCAAACGGUCCAAACAGAUGAACACAAAAUUAUGUUCACGCCAUGGAUUUAUAAUGUUGAAAUGUAAGUUUCUGAUGAUGUAUUUUUUUGGGAUAAACUCAGGUUGAUGCAUGCUGCUGUGUUACAGUGUUGGCUUAUAUAGGGUCUGGGAAUUACCCAUCUGCACCUGAUACUAUAGAGGAAAAGACCGAUAUCCACCCACAAAACUCUUUUUUACAUGAAUAAAUGGUUAAGUCUUAGAGGAUUUUAUAUUUGUAAAGAUAUGCUGAACUGCCAAUAGGAAAAGUCGCCAUUCUUCAAUGUUAACAUUAACUUUCUCUUUGUUCAUUGAAUAUCUCUUUGGGGAGCAGUAAAGUGUUUCUUAUCUUAUUCACAGGAGAACUAAUCUUACCCCUCAUAAAUGCUUCUUCAAACUUAAAAUUCAAGACUUACUACAUGAUGAACUUUAAUUAAGAUGGAUCAUUCUGCAGUCUGUUCUGUUUAAGCGUGAUCAUGUCCUAUCUGGAUGAGUGCACUGUUAGUAAAAGAUGCUGGUGCUAUAUUCUCUGAAGGCUCUUUGAUUGUGUGUGAAAGCCUAAUAUCGUUAUCUGAAUGUGAUACAAAGGGAAUAUAGGAUAAACAUUCCCAAUAAGUUAUAUAUGUAAAAAUACAAUUUAAAUAUACUUAUUCUUCUACUUUUGCACUAAUACUGUGAAUUAACAAACUGUUUAAUCAUGCAAUUAAUGUUAACAAACUCCGUGAGCUUAGCUUAAUUUGUGCUGACUGUCCAUGGAAACACUAAAAUAAAAGAUGAUGUAACUUGUGCAGUUCUCUUUAUUGGUAUCUCACCUGACCCAUUUGAUAUAAGAAAUAUAUGAUGCUUUUUAAAAAAAAAUUUUUAGUACCUGCACUCAUUCUCAGGUCUAACAUGAGCCAUUGCCUUUAUAUUACAGUUUUAAAUAGUAAAGUGUUAUCAUAGUCACACCUUGUAAAUGGUCACGUUAAACCACUGAGCCCUACUUGUUAAUAAGUUCAGCUCAAAAGCUGCUGUAAUUGCCACCUUCACCCUUUUAAGCAAUUCUCUUCAGCAGUCCUUGAGACAAGUAAUUUUUUUUUCUGCAAAAAUCUAACCCGCAGAGACACUGAUUGGAGCGAUUACGUCAAAAACAGAUGUUCCUGAGGGGCAAAAUGAAAAGGGAACAGAGAACAUUUCAUUUUCUGCCUUUUCAGGUUAGCCAUUAACCUCAAGCUGUUAACCUUGGGAGUGACUUAAAGAACUCAUUUAAAACCGCCUCCUUGAGCUUUUUUUUAAUCACACAUCAAUGAAAGGAGCUACUUUGGUUCUUUGUAAAGAGCAAGACUUGGAUGGAAGGUUUUGUUUAAAUCGCUGCGUGUCCUGGAACGGCUCCUUUUCCCAACUAGAAACUGUCCCUCAUGACAUCUCGAAUUCAGGUGAUGGAAGGAAUUCACUGUUUUGGAAAUGUUCUCUAAUAUUUUGAUGAGGCUGAUGUCAGUGUGUGUGAACUUCACUAUCUUUUGCUAUCCUUCCUUUUUUUAAUACAACUAACUGUUUUUAACCAGAGACCACAUUCCCAAUUUUCCACAGUGGACAUCUUUUUGUGGCGUCACUCUCAAGGUGGGAAACAAGUUUACCGUUAUCAUGUAUUAUCACUGUGUUCCUGAUCAAAAGUCCUAUAAACCUCAAAGAUAUGUCAAGAUGUUGUCAUUUUACAGAUCCCUGAUCACAGCCAAUAUAUGAGCAUUCACUCAUAUCACUAUCAUAUCCACUUCUUUUUUAAAGGUGCUAUAAGGAGUUUUUGACUGGUUGAGAAACAGACAAACUGAUUCUGCUGCCAUUUUAUGACCCCCAGAAACAAACAAAACUGUAAACAACAAGGCUGCUUAAUUCUCUGUUGCAAUUUUAGAGGUCUGAAACUGCUACAGGGGAGCGUAUGUCUGACCAGGGAAUUGAAAGUUAGCUGACGAAAAAAUCCUUUUUUGAAAAACAUCACUUUUUUACAGAACAAGAAAAAAGUUCCUUACAGGAGCUUUAACAAUUACAUAGAAAAAAAUCACAGAUACAACAGGAACUAAGAAAUUAAACAAGAGUAAUGAUUAUUUUAUAGAUGAUUACUUUAGAAGUGUUUAUGUGCUGGUGUCUAUUUCUACAUCAUGUUAGCUAACAAUAUGAUAUUUGCAAUGCUGUAAGAAGGUCUUGCGAAUAUUACUUAUUACUAUUAUUUUUCCCCUGUUGACUAAUUCAAGGUUAUCCUGCUUCUGGAUCAAGGCUUAUAAUAGUGACAGUAAAACUACUAGCAUUACACUUCAAAAAGAAAUCCUGAUUUCAAGCAACUUUUAGCUAAAUGAUAGUGAGGCUGUCAUUUUAACACAGUCAUAGUCCACAGUUUACAGGGUCGCUUAUUCAUCCAUAACACCGCUAUCCAUCCAUAUGGUAUUAAACAUCAUGUUGUUGGAGAGCUAACUCGAUGUAGAAACAGAUAUCUCUCUCAUGAUAAUUUGUAGGGCUGCUUAUGAAACUGUGAGCUGCAAAAUGACAACAACUGGUCAGAUUAUCAAGGUUUAUUUGACUUACAAGCUAGAACACUGUGAUAAUCGUGACAAUGAUCAGUGAGUUUCCCACCCUGAACAUAACAAAGAAAGAUGGUCACCAUGGGAAUAUGGUCUAUUGUGCCUUUAUUCAACAAAACUAUAAAGCUGACAAGAAGGUGAACAGUCAAAGAGAGGAUCUGGGUUGGAAAACCCCCCUCACUGCUUCAACAUUUAGAAAGAUGAAACCUUUUUUACCAGGUGGACACUUAAAACUAGAUUCUUGGGUGGGCAGCUGUCUGCUGUAACACACUCAAAGAGUUGUACAGAGAGUGGGAUGAAGAACAAAAAGAGGCUGAUAUUGUGUGAGUGUGAGACUUUUCAUUAGCUAUCACUCUUUUUUCUAAACCAUUUGAGACUUUUUGAGACAUUGUUUUUUUUUUUUUUUUUGGCUGAGACACCUCAUAAUGGAAAAACAGAUGUUUUUUUUCCAGCUCCAGCACUAUGUGGGGAUAUUUUUGUGCAACAUCCACUUCCAUUUGUUCUCCUUUUAAUUAAAAACCUGUUACAGCUUCAAAGCCCAGAAAAAUGUGUGAUAUUUUGGCGUUGAGCUUCUUUACAUGAGUAAUGGAGUCUGAAGGUCAGGAGAUGCAAACUAUCACUCUUUCCCAAACUGUUUGAGACUUUAGCCUUCUCAGGUUCAAAGCUCUAGUAUGCAGCAUUUCUCUGUCUGCAUUUCUCUGAGUCCUAACAAAGACUGCUCCUACACUGCUCAAGCUGUGGUCGGAAAACAGAACUGUUGAGGCACGAAUAUGGAGGGUCAGGGAGGACAUGGACAGGGAUCAUUUCUUGCUCAAUUUCUCUUGAUCAUUGGAAAACUAACUUGACAUGCUUGUGGCAUGGCUCUUGGACUGGCACUAUGGGGUUUUCAGUUGGUCUAUCAUUAUUAUCCAAAUAGAAACGUCUUAGAUACUGGUGCUUGAUUUGUAAUGAAGUAUGGUAUUAUUGCACCCAGAGGAUAACUCCUAAUGACAACGCUGUUUUCCUGUCCAACACUUACGCUGUCAAGAGAGCCUGUCUCUUCAUUUUGUAAUCUGAUACUUGUUAUGAAAUUUGGUGUAUACUAUAUACUCAUGACACCCUGAGGAUAAACCUCAAUGAUGGGUGGGUUUGUGUCCAAUCCUUAACACAAAAAGUUCAGGAUUUUAUGUCCUAAUAAACGAGUACCCUCCACCCCAACACCCUGAUACCUGUAAAAAAAGGAUAGAUCCUAACUUCAAUAAUUCUGGUCUGUCUUGACAGAAAUGACUGGUUUUCAUGUCCCUAGUUUGCAUCAAGAAAAGAGUCCCAAACCUCAGCUUAUGUCCAGAUACUUGCCUGUAGUUAUACUCAUGCCACUCAGAGGACAAAUCCCCAUGACUUUGGUAUUUCCAAUCAACCCUUUGGCCCACAUCCUGGCCCUUGGUUUCCACAUCCCAAAGACCCAUCUAGAAAGAUCCCCUUUCCCCAGCUUAUGCCUGAAUACCUGAAAACAACAAUACAUUGUUCUUCCUUAGCGUAUAACAUGCCAAACUUACAUGUGAUUCCAAUAAUUACUGUUCAUGCUGAAUACAGCAGUAUGUUGUCAUUGGCAUCCAGCUCAAAGCCUUACAGAGUAUAACCUCAACAAUCCACUAUUGACUCAGACUCUGAGUCCUCUAUGUUUAUAUACAGUAUGCAGUGUUUCUCAUUUUGUGAUCAAUAUUCAAUUAUCAGGAUGACAACCCUUGACUGUAAACAAUCAUUGUUUCCUAAAGAAUAUGGAUUUGAGGAGAAAUAAAUGUAGAUGCAUGUAUGAAUGAUCUGCACUGUUGGCUGAGGGAUGUGUGUUGACUGGUUUCUCAAGAAUUUUAGUGCUUCUCGUAACUGCAGAAAUUCGUAAGAAAGUAAAUAUAAACUAAAUGCCAAAAAAGUUACCCAACAAAAAAGACAAAAAAAAAAAAACUAAGGAAGACUUGUUUCCUCUCUAUCCUACUCCAUUGGUGCUUUGUUCUUCACAUCUAUUGCUGUUGUAGAAGGUGUUUGUUUGGUGUCUUAAAUGUUUACUUCUCACCUUUGAACUCCCAAUGACCUCACAUUUCAAUUAGCAUCACUGAGUCCUCCCCUCCCCCUCCUCUUACAAAAAGCCAGUACUGACACAGCUGUGGACUGCAAAGACGAAUGUUUGUCUCUGCAGAGCUCCUAUCUGAAUGGACUGUAGGGACUUCCUGAACCCCCUCUCUAGGGGUGUUUAGCAAGAAAUUACGCCUUUCUGAUUCCACAGAAAGCGUAUCAGGCUACAUCACAUUUGGUAACUAUUAAUCAUCCCGACCACAGACCACACACAAGUGAUGUCACCCAUGUAAUUCCUGCAUUGAUUUUUUUGGGCUGAGACGCCUCAUACUGGAAAAAACAGAUGUUUUUUUUCCAGCCCCAGCAAUAUGUGGGGAUAUUUCUGUGCAACAUCCGCUUCAUUUUGUUCUCCUUUUAAUUAAACACGUGUUACAGCUUCACAGCCCGUAAAAUAUGUGACGAUUUGGCGUUGAGCUACUUUAGAAAUUACAUAAGUAAUAGAGUGAAUUUCAAGUCUGGAAAUCAGGAUAUGCAAACAAACGAUGAACACAGCUUUAACAUGCUUUGCUUGAUUAAAGCAAGAAUGCUAAAUGAGGGUGCCAGGCCAGAUGUGUGGUGACGUUAAUUUACAUUGGGAAACCAACAAAGAAAAAAAAAUGAAACAGAGUACAGUUUGCUUUCCAGAGACAAAAGACAGUAUGUGGAAUUCCUGGAAACUUUGUUUUCAACCCGCUAUGACAAAUGGCUAGAGAAACAUCUGUGCAAACAAAGGUUAGGACAACACCCCAGACACACAAUUGAGGGAAAACAGGAGAAGUAUAGUUCAAAGUGGAGGGAUUUGGAUUUAUUUUUAUACUUGACUUCCAAAGAAGAAACCUCUGGCUGAAGAUAUUUUCAAGUCCCACUUUGCAAACUUCUCAAGAUAGUGUUCGGACCACUGAGAAAUCAUGAUCAAAACCAAAGAGUUUGUAGUUAAUGUGAACAAAAUGUGGAACACAAGACCAAGGCCAAAGUGUCAAAGUCCUUGGCUUUGAAUUGUACUUUUAAUCACCCAGUCUGGCCUCCUGGACUCCCACAUUUAAUAGGAUCAAAAGGUCUGUGUUAUCACUCAAGCUAAUUGUUUUGCCUAAGUGAAAAUGUCUCCUUGUGUGCUGUGAGAACUUGACUAAUCAGAAAUGUUCAGUAGAGGACUAAAGUUUCAGUAAUUUGAGAAAGUUACACCCUUAGAAGGGAACUGUGCAGUGUAAAUCAAAGCACCCACAACUUGGAGAAGUCCUGACUCACAAUGGAAACACACUGAUGGGUCACUUCUGAAUGCCCAGUCCUUGGGUAAAUUUCCUCGGGUGGAAUUGUCAUUAUAACCUAUUUCAAAUGAGGGGCUCUCCAAGUGCAAGAAGAGACUUGAUUAAUGUAACUGUUCCACCAGUCAAUCAAACAUGAGCCAAUGCAGCAUUUGCCAACAACCCCUCUCAAAACCUGUGCAACACCCCUCAACAGUUGCCUUAAAAAAGGACCAAAACAACAACAAAUGGUUUAACAAUAAGGUCUAAAUUCUCACAUCCUUUCCAGCUCUGUUAUUAUAAUGAAACCCAGGGCAGGCCAUAAAUACGUAGCUCUAACCACGGCAUCCUCCAUCUGGUUGUCCCGUUGCUAUUGCGACCACAGGCUGGCUGAUGUCACUAGAGAGAUCCCAAUGACAGUGCAAGUGUGUAUGAAAAAAAUGGAGGUAAGGGUACUUGAAAGUUUGUUGUUGUGUAUAUUGGUGUCCCCAGUAGGCAAUUUCUAUUACGAAGUCCCAAAGAAAAGUCUGGUCUAAAAACAGCCAUGAAGGUGCCACUCUUCCUGGAAUACUGUGGUCAGUUUAUGGAGACCAGACAAUGAUUACGUUUUCUCCAAACCCUAUUUGGCAAAGAAAAUAAGCAGUGUACAAACUUCCUCUGUGAGGUGGCACCAGAAGACCGGGAUUGAUGGAGGGUUGAAUCCUCCUCUCUCUAACCUACUUUUGCUUCUGGAACCUUGUGGUUUUCACAUGGCUGCCUAUGUGAUGACAUUCAAAUGAAAGGCUGGCUAAAGAGCUUGUUAUGUGUAAUUCAGGAGACACACUGCCCCAAAUCUCCAGUCAAUUGAGUAGAAAUGCAAAUUUAUACGGGUAAGUAUCACACUGGUUUGAAAAUUGCAAACAUCUUCAAUGGUGCAUUUAAAACAGUUUGCUGCCAAGGUCUUUACCGUAAGCCCAAGCUUGCUGUCUGAGACAACAGAUGAAAGACCGCCCAUGAUCAUAGUUAAUUAAUCCACGUCAAACCUCUUUCUCUUUUUGUGGCCAGACUCUGGGGCGAUAUUAAAAAUGUACUUGCUGUGCUUGUUAAAGUUCUUUGGUCUUGGGGUAAACUGUGCUGCUGAUGAAACCCCCUCGCAGCAGCCUUUAGACCACACCCUGGGCCGAUAGAUGCGCCUUGUGGCCUCAUAAGUGGGACCAACGUAGACAGAGCUGCGCCAGGGAAUGACGUAAAUGAUCAUUCCUGCUGACUGGGAGAAAGGAGUGCUGUCCUUUCCAUCGAUCUGGACUAGUAAUUAAGCUUACCGUUGAGUGAUCAAAGCUUUCUGGAUAAAAAUAAAUGGCUAUUCUUUUAUAAUCAUGGUGCAAUUGUGGCUCCUUGAACAGAGUUGAAGGAACCCAGAAUUUCACUAGGGCAAUUGCAAAACCAUACAGUUGUACUACCAAGAAAGUUUUGUCCAAAACAGAGCCUAAACUGAAGAGAAAUCCUCAGUACAAUUUUGCCAAAAGCAUUGGCCUACUACCGUCUCUAAAAUAUGGGCUCGUCUUUAUUCACUGAGUAUUAUUUGUCAGUGUAUUUUGUUUUGGUUUCAAUAUUUGGCAUCUACUUAACAGUCAACCUCCCUGAAGCAUCAUCUGUUUCUUCUUUCAGCUUGAUUAAAUUUAGACAGCGCCUGCAAACCCACUGUCUCCACACCAGCGCUUAAAAUAGUGGAUGGUUUAAUGUCUUCAGGAGACUGCAACACUGUUUGGUCUUUUGCAAAUGCUAAGGCAGUCAAGGUUGGAGGCUUGUGUUUUAUUUGGCACUGAAAUAAGCCCAGUUGAAAAAGCUGCCUCGAGAGAACACCACCUGUGCUGUCAACAGGUUAUAUGCAGUUUGUGAGCCCUUGUUAAGGUAGAUAAGAUGCUGUCUUUAGCUGUUUAUGCCUAACUGGCUGCUGUCUAAAGUCUGAGACCUUAUGCUGGGGCAGAUAUAAAACGGGGUUAGCUUUGUGGAAGUACACCUUGUCUUGAUGAGCUUUCUCCAUCCUUAAACCCACAAACCACUGCAGUCACUCAGCCCCUGAACCUGCCAAUUUUAGUGUAAGU